CCAUGGCGGAGGAGGUGUGGGUGGGCACCUGGAGGCCCCAUCGCCCCCGGGGGCCCAUCAUGGCCCUCUACAGCAGCCCUGGACCCAAGUACCUGAUUCCACCCACCACGGGCUUCGUGAAGCACACGCCCACCAAGCUGCGUGCACCGGCCUACAGCUUCCGAGGGGCCCCCAUGCUCCUGGCAGAGAACUGCUCCCCAGGGCCCCGCUACAGUGUGAACCCCAAGAUACUGAGGACCGGCAAGGACCUCGGCCCUGCCUUCUCCAUCCUGGGGCGCUACCACACCAAGACCAUGCUGAGCCCUGGCCCGGGUGACUACUUUCCAGAGAAAUCCACCAAGCAUGUGUUCGACUCUGCACCCAGCCACUCCAUCUCUGCCCGAACCAAGACCUUCCGAGUGGACAGCACCCCAGGCCCCGCCGCGUACAUGCUGCCCGUCGUGAUGGGGCCCCACACCGUCGGCAAGGUCUCCCAGCCCUCCUUCUCCAUCAAGGGCCGCAGCAAGCUGGGCAGCUUCAGUGAUGACCUGCACAAGACCCCAGGCCCCGCAGCCUACCGCCAGACGGACGUGCAGGUGACCAAGUUCAAGGCUCCACAGUACACCAUGGCUGCCCGGGUGGAGCCCCCCAGGGACAAGACCCUCAAGCCAGGACCCGGAGCCCACAGCCCUGAGAAGGUGACCCUGACCAAGCCCUGUGCCCCCAUCGUCACCUUCGGCAUCAAACACUCCGACUACAUGACGCCGCUGGUUGUGGAUGUGGAAUAG